AUGGACAGCUUGAGACAACACGUCGCGAGCGUGGUCGGCCGGUUCUCGCCUGCGCACCUACAACAUCGGUACCAGCUCUUACGCCAGCACGAAGUCCUCGCAAACAAUUCCCCGGUAUCGCAUCAGGUGUCCCGACUCCGUUUCCGCCAUCUCUCUCGAUGGAACGUCAAGCAUCGUGCCAUCGCCGGGCUCGCGACGCUGAUCGGCGUGGUCCUCGUCGUUGUGUGCCCCAUAAUCUUAUCCUCGGGAAAGCGAGCACCGGCUGCCUCGCCACGGCCACAGUUCGCGUGGCAGCACUUUCCGCUUGAGAAGGGAUAUUUGCAGGGAUUGCGAAAGCUGGUUCCCCCCAGGCAUAGAGAACAAGACGAUGCACAGCGUGUCUCCUCUCCAGGCAAAGGUCGCACGGGAACGCAGUACCCCGAUCCAGUCGUAUACGAUCCCUACUCGUCGCCGCCGCCUGGUUCGCAGCAGACCAUUCCCGCGGCCGAAGGGUGCUUUCUCGACGAAGAGAACACAAUAACCCCGCCAGUCAUCUGGGCCUACAACGGCGUGCCUGAACGGGCACCGGAACCCAUGCUGGGCUCUCACGACGUGCUUGGCCUCAAUAAAGAUGUCUGCUUUGAUAGAUACGGCCGGUACGGGGCGUACGGUCUUGGGUAUCACGUCAGUGAGGGAGGCACCGGGCUCGGAAUCCACGGCGACAUGGAUGGCACGGACAUGACCCUGAAGAACGACUCACGCAUUGAUUGGCGUGGCGUCGACCUCGGCCGGGCACAGCGCAUUUGCGGAGAGAGGAAUCGGCGUCGCUUCUCGCUGUCACUCCCGCCGCCGUUCACGGACGACGUCUUCCACUUCCGCCAGACAGGGACAUGGCCAGCCCCGGCGCCGGAGUCGGCAUCGUCGUCACCACCAGAACCAGUCUCCCACCCAGAUCCGGGACCAGGAUACGGCGGAGACUCAGGCGACGGUUCUCAAGAUCGUAACCACCCGCACAUCGCUCGGACGGCCAUCGUCCUCCGCCUAUGGGACCAAUACACCUGGACAAACUACUCUCACUUGUACAUCCGGUCCCUUGUCACGGAACUCAACCUCAACGCUGGCGCCGCCUACGACAUACACCUUCUUAUCCAGAUCAAAGACGGGAGCCCUAUCUGGGCGUCUCCCGACGUCCACGACGCCGUGCUCGACCGCGUCGUCCCCCGCGAAUACCGCUCCAUGGCGACCCUGUGGUCCGAGGACCUGCUGUGUCUGCUCUACCCGGGCCCCUUCGAGCCGCAGUUCGACCGCCCGGGACCGAUCCACAGCGUCGGCCGAAGCAUGCACAUGGCACUGCAGUGGUUCGCGGCCCACCACCCGGAGUACGACUUCUUCUGGAACUGGGAGAUGGACAUCCGCUACAUCGGGCAUUGGUACGAACUGUUCGAUCGCGUCGAUCGCUGGUCGCAGGCUCAGCCCCGGGAAGGCCUGUGGGAGCGGACAGGCAGGUUCUAUAUCCCUUCUGCGCAUCAAGGGUGGGAAUCUUUUGCCAACGACACGGCGACGAGGGCGCGGAAUCAUACCAGCAGCGAGAGCGAUAAGCAUAGCGCCAUCUCCGGGCCCCAAACCUUUCCCGGCUGGGAGGAAGACGACCGCAACGCCGUCUUCGGCGAGGACUACCGCGCGAGAUUGGGCCUUCUUCCUCUUCCUCCUCAUUCCGAGUCCGAAGCACACGCCAACGAACCGGCCGACUACAUCACCUUCCUGCCCCAAUUCCAACCGGCGCACACGUUCUGGAUCUUCCGCGCCGACGUGUCGGGCUACAGCACGGCGCUCCCCAUCCCACCGCGCCGCACCAGCAUCGUCACGGCCAGCCGGUUCUCCCGGCGUCUGUUGUCACUCAUGCACCGCGAGACGGCGCUCGCGCGGCACAGCAUGGCCGGCGAGAUGUUCCCGGCCAGCAUCGCGCUGCAUUACGGGUUGAAGGCCGCGUUUGCGCCCCACCCCAUGUACUUUGAUCGGCGGUGGAAUGAGUCAGCGUAUAUUGAGGACGUGUUCAACGGACAUCCCGUCACGGGCGAGGCCGGCGGGUAUAGCGAGAGUGUGUUUAGUGAGGCCUUGCAGCAUAAUUUCCGGGGAGGCACGUAUUAUUACGACGCGGCCUUCGCCGGACGGGUGUGGAGGACGUGGUUGGGCUAUCGAGACGGCGCGGAGGGUGGUGGACCAUGGGAGCGGGAUCGGAAGGAGAGUAGUGGGAGGAUGUGUUGGCGGAGUGUGUUGCUUCAUCCUGUCAAGUGGGAGGAGGGGGAUGUCGGAUAG